UUGGUCUGGCAUCGUCGCACAGAGCACAUCGAUCAACUUUUGGUUUGUGGUACAUUAAAUGUUAGCACAGCAACUCUCUCUACAAAUCUAACGAAACAAUGUGAAAAUCAUGUUCAGUAAUCAGGGCAUUCAACCUGUGAGUGUUGUUUUUAACAACACAAAAAACUGCUUUCUUCACCUCCCCUCGAAGUUGAUAUCGCAUCUUUCCCUGAACGAGAAUCAGGCCUUGGAGUUGUCCUGGGGCGAUGGUUCCUCAGUGUUUCUCAGCUGGACUCAAAGCAGAACCUCCUCCAGCUUGGACAGCUACAAAGUGGAGUUGUCUCGGCAACUGGGAGAGAAACUAGGCCUUAAAGAUGGAGAGCAGAGCUUCCUGAGAUCGUGUCAUCAGGUCUCCUCACUGCAUCAGGUGUUUGUGGAGCCUCUGUCAUUUGAUGACUGGGAGAUCUUGGAGCUCCACAGCUCUGCUCUGGAGCAGCAACUACUGGAUCAGAUCAGAGUGGUCUUUCAAGAUGGCGUGUUUCCUGUGUGGGUGGACAAUCACACAGUCAUUUACAUCAGAAUAGCUUCUCUCUCUCCGUCUGUACCCUACGGUCGCCUGGAGCAGUUCACAGAACUUGUGGUGUCUCCGAAGAUCCGCGCUGGAGCUGGCAACCUUGGCGGAUCUCCAGCACGAUCCAGCCAGAAACAACAUAUUCACAGAGAACAACAGAUGGAUAUCGCCUCCCCUCCAAGGCCGCCAUUGCAGAGCGCCUCUCCUACUCCUCACGGCCACCAGUGGGGCGGCAUAGCUGACCUGAAAAGCCUGCUUCGCUACGUGAUGAGGGGCACAUAUGAUCCGAUUAAAGAGCAGCCGCUUGUGCCUGACAUCCCUGCCCUUCUCGCUGACUCAUUCUACAGAGUGUGCGGUACGGCCCCCGACUCUCUUCCCGCCUUAAGUCACGUUGCAGUUGGUGUUAUUCAUUUAUUUCCUUCGAGCCACAGUUUGAACUCUGGGCUGUGUGGAGGUCAGUCUCCAGUGACGUAUAGCCUGCUUUCCAAGGUUCCAUCCCCUAAAGAAGUGAGGGACAGGAACAAGCAGGCCGCGGAGAAAAAGAAGAACGUAGGCAUUUCUAAAGACGGUGCUACGGCCGAGGAUGAAGAGAGGGUGAAGGACGAGGAGCCCAUGGUGGUCAGGACAGUGUGCCAUACUACUGAGAUGCUAGCAGGGGGGAAGAGAAGUCAAAGCAAGAGAGAGAUCCACAGUGGAAGAGUAUGGAUCCCUCAGCCCCUGGCCAGCAGGUUGGAUAUCCUGCCACAUUCAACAGUAAGAAUUAAGCCGGUGAAGUCGGCCAUCAAAAUAGCUUCUACUAUUCUCCUACAACCCCUAAAACCACUGCCUGAGGAGGACGACGAGGAGAUCCAGACAGCUUUCCUUGGUUGGUUGCACACUCAGAGUCAUGAACCUUUAGCCUGUCUGACUGCGCGGUCUGGCACCAUCCUCCUACAUGGAACCGAUGCAAAGCUGGAGUUUGCUUUAACUGUGCUGAAGCCAGAACCACAGAAGGAUCCUCCGGACCAGCUGUUUCUACUGGCGCCCACCACCAUCAGGAAGGAAGACAUACAGGUGGACAGAAAGCCAGUGACUGCGCCAUCUGUAAAAGCUGUUGCUGAUACACCAGAGCUUCCCUCCCUCGGCACUCUUGGUGGGAUCAGUGAGCUUAGCAGGACUGGGUUCGAGUUUAUUUCCCACAGCCUUCUGGGUAGUCCCCUCUCUAGGGAGCUGGGUGCGGCCGGACGAGGGGUCCUGGGCGGAGCGCUGCUCGUCACCGGCGCUAAGGGCAGCGGGAAGAGCACUCUGUCCCGAGCCCUCUGCAGGAAAGCUAGAGAGGAUCUGGAUGCACAUGUGGAGGUGGUUGACUGCAAAAAGCUGCAAGGCAAAAGGGCAGAGACUGUGAGACAGAUUCUGCAGGACAUUUUUGAACAGGCAGAGUGGAGGCAGCCGUCGGUCGUGCUGCUCGAUGACCUGGAUCACUUGGCGCGGGCGGCGACCUCACCUGAGCACGAGCACGGCCCCGAGGCGCUGCUGCACAGGCACAUCGCACAGGGUCUGAAGGACGUGGUGGAUGAGGCGGAGGCUCGCUCCAGCCUCGUGUGUGUCGUCAUCACCAGCCAGGGUGAGCUCUCCCUCCACCCUUCUCUGACUGAGGUGCAGGGCUCCCACUUCAUCCAGGGAUUUGUAAACAUCCAGCCUCCGGAUCAGGCCCAGAGAGCGGAGAUCCUGCAUCAUUUGAUCCUCAGGAAGUCCUGCGUGUCUGAGGAAACCUUACAAACUCUUGACUUGGGGGCUGUUGCCAAGGAGACAGAGGGAUACACACCUCAAGAUCUAGCGCUGCUUUUGGAGCGGGCUGCCCACGCAAGCACUGUACGAAGAGGGCACAGCGACCAAGGCUUGUGUCUGUCGUGGAGGGACUUUUCGCAGGCUCUUAAGAGAUUCACUCCUCCCUCGCUGUGGGGCGUAGACCUCCACACCCCGAGUGGGGCUGGACUGGAGAGGGUAGGGGGGCUAAGAGAGGUGCGACAGCAGCUGAUGGACACCAUACUGCUCCCCGCCAAGUAUCCCGUCCUCUUCUCCAAUCUUCCCAUCCGCCAUCGCUCAGGGAUUCUGCUGUACGGAGCUCCUGGUACGGGGAAGACGCUGCUGGCCCGGGCUGUAGCCAAAGACAGUGGCAUGAACUUCAUUAGCAUCAAGGGUCCUGAACUCUUGAGUAAGUACAUCGGGGCCAGUGAGCAGGGAGUCCGUGAUGUCUUCCAGAGGGCACAAGCAGCCAAACCGUGCGUCCUUUUCUUCGACGAGUUUGACUCUCUGGCUCCGAGGAGAGGUCACGACAACACGGGUGUGACCGACCGCGUGGUCAACCAGCUCCUCACCCAGCUGGACGGGGUGGAGGGACUGCAAGGUGUGUAUGUGCUCGCAGCCACCAGCCGUCCAGAUCUGAUUGACCCGGCCCUGCUGAGACCUGGACGACUGGACAAGUCCCUUUACUGCCCCCCACCUGACCUGGAGGCUCGUGUGGAGAUCUUGAAGGCUCUGAGCGCAGGCAUGUCUCUGGCUGCUGAUGUCGACCUGGAGCAGCUGGCAGCCGAGACGGAGCAGUUCACAGGGGCAGACCUGAAAGCCCUGCUCUACAAUGCGCAGCUGGAGGCUGUCCAUAACAGCCUUGGCACCGGCAACCCACACGAGUUAACAUCUGGCUCGGACAGCGACAUGAGCCUGUCGUCCAUGAUCUUCCCCAACAACAGCAGCGGUUCGGACGAUUCGGUGGGAGAGGGAGAGCCGGGCGCGGGCCUGGGCCAGUCCACGGUCCUCCUGAAACCCAGCGAGCUUCAAGCGGAAAACGAACGUCACAGCAACGUCUGGAGACUUUACUUUGGAAGCUCCUAUGAGUCCGAGGUGGAUUCACAGCAUUCAGGACUGAACUCCCGUUCUGCCUCUGGACCGAACUCCAUGACCCACGACUUCACGGGAGCCUCACUUCGUGACCCGGUCAGCUCGCUGCCUCCUGCUUACAUGUCCUCCAUCCAGAGCGGAUACGAAGAACUCAGCCCGGAUCAGCUGGAGCGCCUGCAACAACAAGUUAACAACAUCAAGAACAGCUACAGGAGAGCCAACGAAGAGUGUGUCUGGCUGCCUUCAACCUCCAGCCAGCCCAGCCUGCUGUUGUGUCGGACUCAUUUAAAUUCCGCCAUGGCAGCAACCAAACCGUCUCUCAGCCAAGCAGACUGGAGCAAAUACAGUAAACUAUAUGAAGGCUUCGGCGGCAUGGGAGACAGCAAAUCUCUUCACUCUGCCUCAUUCAAACCUGGACAACGUGUGACUUUAGCUUGAUCAAACACAUCAGUCUGACGCACCUAAUUCAUUAGUAAUUUAGUUCGAUGUUAGUGUAAAUUAAAAUAUUUUUUUCAACUGACUCGAUUAUAAAUGAGACAUGUAACUCAUUAAAAUCCAGUUGCUGUAAAUAUGUAUAAUGUCAGAUUAUAAAUAGUUUAACUGUUAAAAUAAAAUACUGGAAUCUUUG